AGCACAGGGUGUAUAGGUGUGUACCACCACACUCCAUUCUGCCAGGUUUUUGUCUUGUUUGUUGAGACAGGCUCUCACAAGCUAGCCUUGACUAGCCCAGCCCUCCCUGUGUAGUUUCCAGGCUGUCCUCAAACCGGUGACAAUCCUCUCGGCCCUGCCUUCUGGGUACUAUAACGAGGCUCUGUCAGGUUAGGUUUGUAUUUGGGUCUUUUGUCGCUGGUCUUUGUUUUUAGUCCAUUUGCUUUUGGAGACCUUCUCACUUAUAGCCUGGGCUGGCAUGGAAUUUGUGGCCAUCCUGCCUCAGCCUCCCGAUGCUGGGGGUCCAGGGACACCGCGUGGGCAGCUGUGUCACCUUGUAUUAUUACUUCCGGUUUUGGUUUGGGGUGCUAUGUAGGACACCCCCAGGCUCAGUUCCCUCUCCAAACGAGCAAAGAGAGCCGAUGAGGCUUCAUCAGGGCUUUCGACACUAGAGGGAUUUGGAUUGUUCUGCUCUGUCCCUCUCUCGGGGUCUCCUCACUCCUGCUCACCGUCCCUCUGUGACUUCAUUCUUUGUCUCUGGUUCCAUUUGCUGCUUUGUGACUUCAUCAGAGGGGCAGUUUAGCUCAUGAGAGUCGGAGGGCUCCCGCGCGCCUGGUUUGUUCAGACUCAGCUUUGGAGAUGGCUCUGGAACUGAGCUCUCUGUACCUCAUCCUUGGAAGCAAAGUGGAGAUCCACUUCCGGUUGGCUUCUACCCGGGGCAGGUGAUGUGCAGUUGGCUUCUGGAGCAGCUUCAGAGAGGCCAAGGGUGUAUCUACUGCCCUUUCUAGAGUUCCUUUAAUGGUUAGAGUCUAACCCAUGGCGGUCUCCCCACCUUCCCAGGCCAAGCAAAACAAAGUCCCAUCAGCCUUAGAACUGCCCCAGAGGCUGGCACCAAGCCUAGAGCAAAAACCGGAGUCUCUAGGAGAGGAACAUUCAUGCAUACUGAGAGCCACAGCGGCAGCUCAGACCCUAGCCAGUAUCAUCCGGCCGUGCUAUGGCCCCUACGGCCGGCAGAAGUUCCUGGUGACGGCGAAGGGGCAAACGGUUUGCACAGGUCAUGCCGCUGUCAUCCUCAGGGCUCUGAAACUGGAGCACCCAGCUGCCCAGUUUGUCCGAGAAGCAGCCCAAACGCAGGCAGAGAACACUGGGGAUGGCACAGCCUUUGUAGUCCUCCUGACAGAAGCCUUGCUGGAGCAGGCCCAGCACCUUUUGUGGGCUGGCUUAGCUCGAACCCAGCUCCGGGAGGCCUUGGCCACGGCCACAGCAGAAGUCCUGACAGCUCUGCCUUCCCUGGCCAUCCGCUCUCUAGGGCCUUUGGAAGACCCAUCCUGGGCCCUCUACUCGGUGAUGAACACCCACGCCCUCUCCCACACCGAGUAUUUAACCAAGCUCGUGGCUCAAGCGUGCUGGGUUAACAGGGAACCAAACGGCAGCUUCAAGCCUGAGCGCAUUGGCGUGUGCAUGCUGCAGGGGGGCACGCUGAAUGACUCCCGAAUUCUCACGGGCUUAGCAAUAUCUGGGAAGCCCUGUGGACAAAAGACCGAGGUGCUAGCCAAUGCUAGGGUGGCGCUGUUUAUUUGCCCCUUUGGUCCUACGAAUCCAUUCGCCCUGGCCACACCCCGUCUCUCCAGCUCUGAAGAACUACUAAGAUUUCGGAAAGAAAAUGAACAAGUGGGAAACCAAAUAACCGAGCUGGCUGCCAUGGACAUUAAUGUGGCCGUGGUGUGGGGGGAAGUUAAUGAGAAUUUGGUGCUCCAGGCUGACAGUUGCGGCAUCAUGGUGAUUCAAGCCAAGUCCCGCAAGGAGAUGGUCUACCUGAGUGAGUCGAUGGGUACUCCUCUGCUCACGCGGCUGCUUCCUCCCCUGGAGCAGGGGAAAUGCCAGAAGGUUUACAAGCGGAAGUUUGGAGACGGCGGCGUGGCAAUGAUGUUUGAGUGGGAAGGUGAGAAGUCACCCUUUUUCACGGUGCUCCUGAGGGGGCCGACCAUGCAGGGACUUCAGGCUGCAGAGCAGGCCGUCUACUGUGGCAUCGAUGCGUUUUCCCAGUUGUGUCAAGAUCCCAGAGUGCUGCCAGGAGCUGGUGCGACAGAAAUGGCUCUAGCCAAAAUGCUGGUGGACAAAGGGAGCCGACUGGCAGGCCCCGACGGUCUGGCCUUCCUAGCGUUUGCCCAAGCCCUGAGUUCCCUGCCUAAAACCUUGGCAGAGAAUGCAGGCUUGGCUGCCCAAUGUGUGAUGGCCGAAAUGAGUGGAAUUCACCAAGUUGGGAAUUUCCUCGUUGGAGUGGGAAUAGACGGGGUAAUAAAUGUAGCCCACGAAGGGGUAUGGGACAUACUCAGGCCCAAAGCCCAAGGCCUACAAGCCGUGGCUGAGCUGGUGCAGCAGCUGGUGACUGUCGAUGAGAUCAUAGUGGCCAAGAAGACGCCUGUCUAUCAGCAGAUUACAAAACCUACCUCGAAGGUAAAGGGAUCCUCACCCCUGAAAGAGAAAUUUUUUGGAAAGUACGUAUAGCAACAUGCUAAAUAAAGUAAAGAUUGUCCGGAUUGAACAGUAACCCCCAAA